AUUGUGAUGUUUAGGCUGUGUAGGGCUUUUCUUAAUGGCUUUGUUCAUUUGUGAUCGUGUCUGAACUAUUUUCUAAUAAACAAAACAAAGUUUGUUUAUUGAUAUCUUAGUUUGAUGGUAAUUAAAUUAUGACACUUACGAUGAGACCUAAUUAAAAUUGUAAAAUUGAGAUGUUGGCAGUCAAAUAUUUAAAUAUUAAUAUAAAUGCAUAAUAUUUGGAUCUGCAAAUGUUACUGAGAGUUCCAUAUGAUAAUCUAAUGAAGUUUAGCUCAAUAUUUUUAACAAAAUACGUUCUGGAUCUGAAAGGCCAAUGCCCUAACUGAAUCUUCGCCAAAUAAAGCCAAUGUUAAGCAUAGAGUGACAACCUGAGAAGCAAUGACAUCGUCGUACGGUCCGUUGAUCAAUCUCUCGGAAGCUUCUAAUCAUAUGGGUCAUUUCGUCCAGCUUCUCGUUUUCGUCCAUCGUUCUACUCCCGUUCAGGUUUCUUUAAUCUCUCUCAGUUCCACUGUACGGGUUUUUCUUUUCUGCAAUGAAGUUUUAUCUUAAUCACCGAAUUCACUUUUAAUUUUUUGUGUGUGGGGAAGUAUAAAUUGUCCAAAGGCGGAGAAAUAAUCAGGACAGACAUUCAGGUGGGCGAUGACACUCGACCCUUUUUCUCCGUAUCUUUAUGGAAGAAAGAAUUGCGGUCUAUUUUUGCUGCUGGCGACAUCGUUCUAUUACGAAGUACUUUUGAUUGAUGUCAAGAUUACAACAUUUCGAGAUGUUUUCGAGGCCAGAACUGUUGACUGGUCAUCUUUACUCCGUCUAGUCCACCCUUGCCAGUCCCUUGUUUCAAAGAGUGCAAUUGAAUUAGUAGCAGAAUGUAGAAUGGGGAUUGUGGUUAAAGAAAAGCUUUCCCAGGUUAUAGAAUGGGUGCAGAGGACUGGGUAUAUUGCUAUUGACAACAUCGAACCAAAUGACUGUCAAAAAAGGCGACUCUCCAGAAACUGGAAAGUGCCAGAACCGAAUAAAUUUAGAGAAUGUCCCUCACUUUCAGAGGUAUUGUGCCUGAAUAGUCACUGUAAGGCGAUAUUUAGUGCUUCUGUUGGUGAAAUUUUUCUGCCGAUUACUUGGAGGCCCAUCGGAGAGUCUGAGAAUGAAAAUAUGUUUAUCAGCAGGAGACUAUAUAGAUCAGCAGACAAUAAUUUAGCGGAAGAUCUUAUCUGCACUGGUUGCCGGCUCUGUGGUUCCCCUUUGCAUCAAGAGCAAGGGUCUAUAGUUGGGACAAAUUCAGUUCCACUCUAUUGUGAGAAAAGCUCGGAUCGCCUUCAUGCAGUCAGCUUGAUAUAUAGGCCUUUUAUGUUAUAUUUAUGGGAUGAAUCUGAACACAUGCCGUUACUGGUAAAAAACAAUGCUGCAGAGAAGUUGUUCGGAAACAUCAAGGCUGAAAGAGUUUACUUAUGCUAUAAAGAGUACAAGCGUGAUAUAACUCUCAAUCCAGGAUGUAUUGCAGAGAACGGUUCUCACGGUUGUGGCACAAGAAUCCGUAGUUCCCCGAAAGCUGCUGGGGCAAGUGAUGCAGAGCAUUGCUCAUCAGAUGCACAUGAGAAGCAGGAAGGUAUGCGAAAUCCACAAUGUAACAAGAACAUAAAUUUAUUUCAAAUUUGGUUAGUUGUUCUUAAACUGUUGUUGCAGCGAGGAAAAAACAGUCCUUUGAAAUUCGAAGUUGCCGUAAAUGCCAGCCUUGAUACAGAAAACGGGAGGUUUGAAAUGAUCACUGUUUCAACUCCUUGCUUUAAAACCAUUCGGUGUUUGGAAUGAAGUGAAUACUUGUAUACGAGGAUUAAAGUACUUGUUUCAUACAUGAUUGCCAUGGAUGAUGAGGAAUGCAUGGCUACAUAAUCUAAGGCAGCAAGUAAUCUGAGGCAUUCAUCAAGUGACUUAAAUAUA